AUAGGUAGGAGGUAUGAGCUGGAUUGGCCAAAGAAACGUGGUAAGGAUCCCACACUGUCUGCAGAGCAAGCAAUAUAAUGCACGCGAUGAACGGAGUUGAUGUUGUAUGGUGAUGAACUAUAGAAUGAAACAGCCCUGGACGCAACACUUCUAACGAAUCCAACAUCUAAAUAUAAACUGCACAAUGAGAAGCUCAUCCAUGUAACUUGUUUUAGCGAAUGUGUAAUAACAAACCUAGUGACGGAAUGUACUUUAUUUUCUUACGUUUUCUCCCUCUAUUCUAAAGGGGAGGGGUAGCUGAUAACUAGAGGGCGGUGGCAUUCGCUCUGCGUGCACGGAGCUGCGCGAGUCAGUGCUUUGACUCAAGUCCUGGGACCCCUGAACCCAUUGGUUUCCCCCCAUAUUCUUUCUCUUUCUACAUUAUCCGCUGACCUGACCGUUAUUAUAGCGGACAACAACCACCUCGUCUGCGUCUGGACCACAACUGCUAUUUUACGAACAGUGGGUUUCAUCAGCAAGGUGUUUGUUUUACUCUGCCUAUAAUGGGGAAAAGUGGACAGUCUGCGAAAACUGGAAUAGGACUUGCGAGGUACUUUCUGCGAAUGUGUACCAUACCUGGACUCGUUCUUCUGGUCCUCGUAAACAUUGGAUUCGCACAAGGACUGGUGGUGCGUGAGGCCAGCAUCGAGAUCUUUCGGCAGCAGGUAGACGAGCUGUUUGGGCCAGAGGACUUCUGGUGUCAGUGUGUAGCCUGGAGCUCUGCAGGGACCACCAAGAGCCGUAAAGCCCACGUCCGCAUCGCAUAUCUCAGGAAAACGUUUGACCAGGAGCCACUGGGGAAGGAGGUGUCACUGGAACAGGAAGUACUUCUCCAGUGCCGCCCACCUGAGGGCAUACCUGCUGCAGAGGUGGAGUGGUUGAAGAACGAGGAGAUCAUUGACCCGGCUGAUGACCGUAAUUUCUACAUCACCAUUGACCACAACCUGAUUAUUAAGCAGGCCAGACUGUCAGACACGGCCAACUAUACGUGCGUGGCCAAGAACAUUGUUGCCAAGAGGAGAAGUACCACUGCUACUGUUAUUGUCUAUGUGAACGGCGGCUGGUCGACAUGGACAGAGUGGUCAGUGUGUAACAGUCGCUGUGGCCGCGGUUACCAAAAGCGUACUCGCAGCUGUACCAAUCCCGCCCCGCUCAACGGAGGAGCCCCCUGUGAUGGACAGGCAACCCAGAAGCUGGCCUGCACCUCCCUCUGCACUGUCGACGGGUUGUGGACAGAGUGGAGUAAGUGGUCUACUUGUGGUACAGAGUGCACUCACUGGCGCAGGAGAGAAUGCAAUGCCCCUGCACCCAAAAAUGGAGGCAAGGACUGCGAGGGUAUGGUCCUACAGUCCCAGAACUGUACUGACGGACUCUGUAUGCAGACGGCCCCCAGCACAGAAAACAUGGCGCUCUACGUAGGCAUCGUCAUCGCUGUCAUAAUGUGUCUGGUCAUCUCCGUCAUCGUGGCGCUCUUCGUCUACCGGAAAACCCACCGGGACUUUGACUCUGACAUCAUCGACUCAUCAGCCCUCAACGGAGGCUUCCAGUCGGUCAAUAUAAAGACGGCGCGCUCAGCUGAUUUGCUGACCGCUCCCCCGGACCUGACCAACGCUGCGGCCAUGUACCGCGGCCCCGUCUACGCCCUGCAUGACGUGUCCGACAAGAUCCCCAUGACCAACUCGCCCCUCCUGGACCCCCUGCCCAACCUGAAGAUCAAGGUGUACAACUCCUCUGGCCUGGUCACUCCCUCGGAAGACCUGUCUGACUUUUCCUCCAAGCUGUCCCCUAAGGUCACCCAGUCCCUGCUGGACAGUGAGAACAUGAACCUGCGUAACCAGAGCCUGGCUCGGACCCGAGACCCCUCCUGCACCGCCGCAGGAUCCUUCAACUCCCAGGGAGGACACCUCAUUGUUCCCAACUCAGGUGUGAGCUUGCUGGUACCAGCGGGCGCUGUUCCUCAGGGUCGUGUGUAUGAGAUGUACGUGACGGUGCACAGGAAGGACAGCAUGAGGCCACCAGUAGAGGAUGUUCAGACAGUGUUGAGCCCCGUGGUGAGCUGUGGUCCCCCAGGGGCCCUCCUGACCCGCCCAGUCAUCCUCACCAUUCAUCACUGUGCCGAGGCCGACGGAGACGACUGGCAGGUCCAGUUGAAGAACCAGCUGCAUCAGGGCCAAUGGGAGGACGUGGUAGUGGUCGGGGAGGAGAACUUCACCACACCCUGCUAUAUCCAGAUGGAUGAGGAGGCAUGUCAUCUACUGACAGAGACCCUGGGGACCUACUGCCUGGUGGGCCAGUCUGUCAGCAAGGCUGCCGCCAAGCGCCUCAAACUGGCCAUCUUCGGCCCUGUGUCAAGCACCACCCUGGAGUACCACAUUAGAGUCUACUGUCUGGACGACACCCAGGACGCACUCAAGGAGGUACUUCAGAUGGAGACCCAGAUGGGAGGGAAGCUGCUGGAUGAACCAAAGACCCUGAACUUCAAGGACAGCACCCACAACCUGCGCCUCUCUGUCCACGACGUCCCCCACGGACAGUGGAAGAGCAAGCUGCUCGCCAAGUACCAGGAGAUCCCCUUCUACCAGGUGUGGAGUGGCUGCCAGCGGACCCUUCACUGCACCUUCACCCUGGAGCGGUUCAGCCCCAGCACCACAGAGCUCAGCUGUAAGCUGUGUGUCCGCCAAGUAGAAGGGGAGGGGCAGAUCUUUCAGCUCAGCAGCACUUUGUCUGAGGACACCCAGAACAUCGACACGUCUCUCAUGGACCCGGCUAGCAACAUCACCACCCUGGUGGGGCUCAACGCCUUCCGUAUCCCCCUCUCCAUCAGACAGAAGCUCUGUGGCAGCCUUGACGCGCCCCAGACCAGAGGAUCCAAUGACUGGAGGAUGCUGGCCCACAAACUCAACCUGGACAGGUAUCUGAACUAUUUUGCCACCAAGUCCAGUCCCACAGGGGUGAUCUUGGACCUGUGGGAGGCCCAACACUUCCCAGACGGGAACCUCAACAGACUGGCUGCCGUGCUGGAGGAGAUGGGUCGCCACGACAGCCUGCUCCCAUGACGACGGAGCACUGACACCCGAGGACCGGACCAGGGACCAUCUGAGUGUGUCUGAGUCACGGACACCGACGGACACAAAUAGACCAACGCACAGACAGACAAUGUCCUGACUGUCACCCAUGGCAAUGGUCGGGACAAAAAAACACGUGUGGGUGGGAGAAAUUAGUGAGCAAAAAGACCUUGUUGUUGAUGUGUGAUCCGAGUCGUUCUCUUUGCUGUGAUUAUUUUGUAUUGGGGGACAACAGAAAGAAAACAAAUCCUGGAGAUCCCAUUGUUAUCCUUGGCUGUGCGUUCCUUGGUACAGUCUGCUUUUCUUUAUACAGUUUCCUAGGAAACGGUCUAUUCUGCUGUCCAUAUAUGUGGAUGAUUUCCUACUUCAGACUUUACUAACGUAUGUAGGCUACUCAGUGACUGUCGCUCAGUCAGAAUAGGGAGACAGACAGGGAGCGAAAAGGGACAAGUAUUGAAGUGGAGUCCUUGGAAUAAUGUAGUUAUGCGAUAUGGAGAACCGAAUGCAGUCCAUUUUAUCCGCACCACCAAUACUACCCAUACAUUGGUUCUGUUGAUUACAUUUAGCUUGUGUUGAUUUCCCUAAAUAUGUUUAAUCAUGAUUUUAAUUUCAGGAUUCAAGGUGUGGUGAAGAAACUCUUAUGUCUUUCUACCCUUUUGUCUAAUUUGUUUCAUUGUGGUUUUGUUGAUCUCUAGCGCCAUCCUGUGGCCUUUGGAAAAAUAACAACAUCUAUCUUAUAAUCGUGUCUGAACCGUGUAAAUACAUGAAUAACAAGUACAUUCUAAUGGCAUUAUACUAUUGCUUUAUUGUUAAUCAUUAUUCAUUUGUAUUGUGAUUUAUUUUCAGUUAGAGCUGUGAACUGUAGGGAGGGGGCUAGCUAACACAUUAGCUUUGUUGUUCGAAAUUGCCUAUUUUGCAGAACAACUGUGCAUUUGAGCACUGGCCGCUUUUGUUGGGGAUAAAUGUGCAGAGAAUUAUUGAGGUCAAGCAUAUCUGGGUCUUACUGAUAGAGAAUAAAGUGGGUGUGGGUGGGGACUGGAGUACAGUGAAGUUGCCCCUAGACGCAGAUCUUGGGUCAGUUUUGCAUGUCCCCUACUAAUCGUUAAGGUUAUGAUUGGAGGAGUCAAAGCUGUACCUUGGGGAAACUUCACCCUGGAGCGGGUGGGACUGCCUGUUUCUGCUCUGGAGUUACACCAUAUCAAACUGAUCUGAGACCAGAGUGGAGAGGCCAAUACCAUAAUAUGGAGUAAAGAUGCAAUGAAAUGUGGACAUAAAAGCCUCAGUUGCUUUAAGUUGGACUGCCUUAUUUUCCCAACUUAUACAGGUACAUAGUUGAAUAUGGCAACGGCUAUUUGACUAGCUAUGUUCUACAUUCUGUCCUUCAUUAUCUCACUUGAUGUCAUUCAGAAGAGGAGUUUGAUUUUGGUUUCAAAGAAAAUAAAAAAUCUUUACCAUAGAAUAACUAGUUUGGCAUGACAAUGAAUUGAUUUGAUAGCAUACAAAGAUCUGGGACCAGGCUAUAGAAUAACAUACAUGCAAUGACUACAUACAACUUUCAAAUAUCAAUAUAGGUGUUAGAUAAUAGUCUGUCCCACAUCGUAUUAUGAUACUUACAGUAUGCAUUUCUUCAAUGUCAAAAUGUGGGGGUCAAAACAACUCUAGAAUGGAAGACAAAGCUGCAUAUUAAGCUGUUUGUGUAGACGUGGAAAACCUGCUUAACUAUAGCAUAGACAAAGUUUCAGGAGGGUAAAAUAGAAGCCAAUACUUUCGUUUCAUAACAAACUGAACCGUGAAUAAGUGGACUACAGGGACGCAGAGUAUCAUAGUUUGAAAAGCGCUCACACUUGCCUCCUGUUUCAAAAUGUCCACAUUGCCAUAUAUGGCCAUAUGUUCCACAACGCAUCAACAGGGUGAAUGCCGAAAGAAUUAAAAAGGGAUAUUUUUCAUGUAGAAAGAAAAGAGUGCAUGUUGACCAACAAAGUGAAAUAUACAACACAGGGAUGUUAAUGUGACAGCCUGCGUUAGAAGAUAUCAAAGUAUGUAAAUGUUUUAUGAUGUACAAAAUACCACUGUCAAAUACAUUUUUGGCUGUUUCAGUACAGUAUAUAAAAAGAGCAGUACAGUUACAUACUAGGUUGUAUGUUUACCAGUUUGGUUUAUUUUGUUUUUGGUAAAAGCUGUGUGUCUACUAUGCAAACUUGGCAUCCUUUACAAACAAAUGAUAUUAAUAGAGCUGUGCUAGUAAGUGCAUUUUAUUUUGUUAUCUGAAUAAAAAUGAUUAAUGAUAUAAUUUGUGUUAGUGUAGUGAGGUUGUCGUCCACUCUAGUUUGGCCUCAUGACGCCGCCGCUGACUCUCCCAAAACGCUUGCAUCUCCUCCGUUUCUGUACAAAGUGUAAGAAAGAAUUUUUAAGACUGUUAAUAAAUUAUAUUUAUAAGCAAUGCUGAAAA